GUGUUCCUGCAGGGGGCAGCACCGCUGUGUGUUUCUGCAGUAGAAGAAGAAGGAGCGGGAGGUUGUGUUGCUGUGUGCAGAGCUGCAGAGAGUCUGUAGAUACUAACCUCAGUUUAGAUAAUAACCUCAGUUUAGAUAAUAACCUCAGGUAACUUUAGAGCUUCUCUCAUAUAUAUCUAUCUCCGGUAACAGAGUCUCGACUAACCUGGAUCUCUGCCGGAGGACAUGUACCGAGGCCGGCCUCAGAGAGGAGGCUACCGGCCGCCUGAGGCCCGCGGGCCGCCGCAGCGGCCCUACCCGGCCCAGGGGUUCAGGGACCACCGGCCCGCCUACAACCAGGGACCGCCCUACCCCCCGGGACCCUCCUACUCCCCGGGACCCCCGCUGCACCAGGACCGCAGGAGGAGGUACGGAUCCCCCGGGGAGAAGUGGAGCUCCGGAGCCCAGAGAGAGAGGUCGCUGUCGCCCAUCGACCACAACCUCGUCAUCACCGUCGGCAACGAGCUGACCGGACCCUCUGGCUCCGCCCCCUCACGCCACCAUGACAGAGACUACGCUCCCCGGCCCGAGUACGAGCGGAGCAGGAGCCGGGGCCGGAGCCGACCCGGCAGCCGGAGUCCGGACCGGAGUCGCGCCAAGAGUCUGGGACGGGCCAAGAGCCGUGGCCGGAGCAUGAGUCGCAGUCCGGAUCGGAGCCGGGCUAAGAGCAGGGGCCGGAGCAUGAGUCGCAGUCCGGAUCGGAGCCGGGCUAAGAGCAGGGGCCGGAGCCGGAGUCCGGAUCGGAGUCGGGCUAAAAGUCUUGGAAGGGCAAAAAGCCGGGGCCGGAGCACGAGUCGCAGUCCGGACCGGAGCCGGGGGAAAAGCCAUGGCCGGAGCCGGAGCAAGAGUCACAGUCCGGACCGGAGCAGGGCCAAGAGCCGGGGCCGGAGCAUGAGUCGCCCCCGGUCCAAGUCCAGAACCAGGGGGCAGAGCCACGGUCGCAGUAAGAGCCGGCCGCGGAGCCGCAGCUCCAGCAGCAGCUCCAGCUCCGGGAAGUCAGGCAAAGAGUUCAGAGAGCUGGACUCAGCGCGGCGCCUCAAAGAACUGCAGGACAUGCUGAGCCAGCCCACCAAAUCCAUCCUGAAGAGACGCCAAGACUCCGAGGACUCGCCGUCUCUGAGGACCUCGGACUCCCCCCGAGGGUCCCACAUGUCCCAAGUGGCUGACCAGCUGCUUCAGGCGGUUAAAGGCAUGGAGCCUCACCUGGUGGCCUCGGUGCUGUCAGAGCUGCAGUCCGACCCGCAGAUGGCUCAGCGCAUUGGACUCGAUGCAGAGAUUAAAGAGAUCCUCCACAUGCUGGGGGGGCCGACGGUGGCCCAGGACAGGACGGAGGACAUAGACGACGAGGAGAAGUUCCUGUACGGAGACACUGAAGACCCCAAACUCCCGUCUGAGCCAGUCCGUCCCCAGGGUCUGGACCUGUACGGAGAUGUGACGGAGGACGCGCUGUACGACGACUACCCCCCAUCGCAAGAACCCGCCCUCCCUCAGACGUUCGGCCUCCCACCGGGGCCUCACCUUCACGCCCCCCGUGCCAUGGGGCAGGUGGACGAGAGGUACCGGGCCUCCGUCAGCCCGGACCAGAACCUCACAGGGCCGGAGCCACCGGGGCCAGGAGAGCGUCAGGCGCUUGAUGAGUACGAGAAGAUCCAGGACCUGCUGAAGACCAUCGGAAUGGACCUGGGCGUGACUGAGAUCAGCAAGAUGGCUGCCAGGACCAAAGAGCGCCUCCACGGAAACAAGCCACCCCCGAAGACGCCGACCCGCAGGCAGCGGUCGUCCUCCGGCAGCUCGGAGGGGGGCCGGGCUCGCAGGAGGCGGGGCCACAGCAGGAGGCGGAGCCACAGCUCCAGCAGCAGCGGGGAAAGCUGGAGCAGCGAUGACGGACGCAGAAAACGAUCAAUUCCCGCUAAAUCCCACAAACACAGCAAAGAGUCGAGCGCCGAGAAGACGAGCGCCGAGAAGACGACUGCCACCGCGCCACCGAACAUAGAGCCGCCAUUAAAAACCCCAGAUGCCCCCCCGCCUCACCCCGGGGCCCCCUCCUACCCCCCCGCACAGGUCCAUGGCAUUAUGCCACCCAACUUCCCCCCCCCAGGGUUCGGACAGUACGGGAACUACCUGCCCUACAUGCCUGGGCAGUGGCCCCCCAUGUACCCCCCCCCCAACAUGGCGAUACCCCCGAACACCAGCCCCGAAGAGUUUCCCCCCUCCCUGCCGUACCCGAACCCCUACAGCACCCCCCCGGACCACCAGGGGGCCCAAGUAGGAGUUGUGUCUCCCUCAGGUGUGAUGAAGGUGAGCAGUCAGGAGAGGAAGGUUUCUGAGGAGCAGAACACCGAGAGCCAGAAACAGAAGGUUCUGGAGGAGAGGGAGAAGCUGAAGCAGGAGAGGGAGGUGCGCAUGAAGAAGAAGGAGUAUCUGAUGAAGGAGCUGGAGAGACUCAGGAAGCAGCAAGGCGAGCUGCUGAGGAAGAAGCGGCGGGAGAAGGGGGGGCACCGGGACCCUCUGCUGCAGGAAGUGAGUCGCCUGCAGGAGGAAGUAAUGUCACAGAUCUCCAGCCUGCGGCGGGAACACGAGUCGGCCGAGAAGAAACGCAACGAGAUCGAGAAGAUCGCCCUGAUCCUCGGGCUGAACCCGAGCGACAGGCCCCGCCCCCCCCGCCCAGAGGACGAGGCCCCCCCCCCACAAACACCAACACCAACACCAGAGAAGAAGAAGGGCCGCGAUGGGGGGGAGAGCCGCGAGGGGGGAGGCAGCCCCAAGGCCACCUGCAGCUCCUUAAAGGUACACACACCUGCACAGGUAAACAGGAAGUACUGCAGCAUAGCUAGGAGGGUCAGUCAGCUGUUAGCGGUCGUUGUUGCACGGUGGUCGUUGUGCGGCUCUGAUUGGUCGCCUGAUGCCGGAGCGCAGAGACGCAGCCCGCGCCCCCCCCCCCCGCCCAAAGACCCCCCCGAGCCGUUUGAAUACUACGACGCUGGAAACCACUGGUGCAAAAACUGUAACGUCACUUCGGGAUCUAUGUUCGACUUUUACACGCACCUUCACAGCAAGACGCACCGGAAGACUCUGGACCCGUACGACCGGCCCUGGUCCUGCACCGGCACCACCGGCACCAGCAAGAGCCUCCUGACAGAGGAGAAGCUCACCAAGCCCGCUAAAGGCUCUGAGUUCCUGCUGCCCGUCAGAGGCUUCUUCUGUCUGCUCUGCAAAACCUUCUAUGGAGACUCAAUCUGUGCCGAGGAGCACGUCACCAAGCACGCCCACAACGAGAAGUACAAGAAACAGAUGUAUGAGAACCCGCUGUACGAGCAGAGGAGGAACCUGGACCGCCAGGCCGGCCUGACCUCCGACGUCGGGGGGAAGAAACGAAAACAUGAGGACGAGGCCGGCAAGGACAAGGAGGAGAAGUCCAAACACAAGAAGGACAAGAAAGACAAGGAGAAGAAGAAGGAGGAGGUACCGACAGAGGAGAAGGUGAAGAAGGAGGUGGAGGAGAAGCCGGGCCAGAAGGAGGAGGAUUUAAAAACUCCUAAAGGUCUGGAGGAGGAGAGGCCGUCCUUCAGCAAGAAAGACGAGGAAGAGGAGCAAGUUAAAGGCAGCAAGAAGGAGGACAAGUACCGGCACAGGAGGGAGGAGGACCGCUACAAAUACAGCAGAGAAGAAGAACACCGGCAUCGCAACGACAACCGUCCAAAGUACGGACCGAGAGACGAGGACUUUAAACAGUCCAGAUUCAGGUCUGACCGGGAGGAGGGGAAACCAAAGGAACCCUUCAAAAAGCCUCAACCAGAGAAACCAGCAGCCAAACCAGAACCCAAACCAGAACCCAUACAAGAACCCCCUCCGAAGCCCUACGACCCGCCAAAGAUCCUCUGUGGACCCAGUCCCGCCAUGAGGGCGAAGCUCCGCAAGCAGAGUCUGGAGGUCGGAAAACCAGCAGCUGGACCCGCCUCUUUGACCUCCCCCACGUUUGGGAAGUUCACCUGGAAGAAGAGGGAGAACUUCCUGGCGAAGGAGGCGGAGAAAGUGGCCGCCGAGUUCAUCAAGGAGGACGAGGCGGCGGCGAACCUGGACCCGGCUCCAGCUCCAGCCCAGGACUCAUUCUCCAAAUCUGUGGCGGUGGCCAAAGAGAUCGCGCAGAAGCUGGGGGGACAUCAGACGCCCCCAUGGUUCUCUAACGGGGCCAACCGGGGCCGGAUCAGACCCAACCUCCCUGCCCCGGCCGCGGUCCUGAGGAAAACCGCAUUAAUGGGUAAACCAGCGCCCCUGAACACAUUCCUCUCCAUGAGACCACAAGGGGGCGGUUUACCAGUUCAACAGGAAGUGCCGACCAUCUCAGACGGACUGCUGAAGAUCCCGAACGCUCGGAAGAAACCACAGGAGAGUAAACCCCUCCUACCAAGUCCUGCGCCCGGGACAGCUAUGCCCCCGCCCCUGGUGACAAGACCGUUUGAGGCUAAACCCCCACCAGCAGUGUAUGGACCUGUACCCCCUCCACCGGUCUUAAAAUCUGUCCCCUUUGAGGCUAAACCCCCACCAUCAGUGUUUGGACCUAUGCUCCCUCCAGCAAUCUUAAAACCUGCCCCCUUUGAGGCCAAACCCCCACCCUCAGUGUUUGGACCUAUGCUCCCUCCAGCAGUCUUAAAACCUGCACUGUUUGAGGCCAAACCCCCACCAUCAGUAUUUGGACCUUUGCCCCCUCCAGCAGUCUUAAAACCUGGCCCCUUUGAGACCAAACCCCCACCAUCAGUAUUUGGACCUUUGCCCCCUCCAGCAGUCUUAAAACCUGCCCCCUUUGAGACCAAACCACCACCAUCAGUGUUUGGUCCUGCACCAUUUGAGGCUAAACCUCCACCGCCGGUCUUUAAACCUGCACCUCCAGUUUGUAAUCCCCCCCCGUCAGUUUCCAGACCUCCACCCUCUGAGACUGCCCCUUUCCCUAAACCAGUUCCACCCCCCAUGAUAAGGGUUGUGUCAGACGUGGCGGCUCCGGGGGUCCCGGAGGGAGAGCAGACCCGCACAGUGUUCGUGAAGCCCCCCCCCUUCAUGAACCUGGGAGACGGGGCCCAGAAGUCUGAGAAGCUGAAGACUCACCUCGCUGCAGCCAAAGCCCAGGACCUGUUCCACCUCCUCUACAGCAAGGGGGACCAAACUGGGCCCAACAUCACCAAACCACCAGCAGACCCCAGAGUGGACGGGACCAGUUCCAACAAAACUCACCCUGCCCCCAUACAGGCAGCCAAACCCCCACCUGAGUCUUUGACCAAGACCACACCCCCAUCUGAGCCUUUGAGCAAGACCACUCCUCCACCUGAGGUCUCUAAACCCGCACCUGAGGUCUCUAAACCCGCACCUGAGGUCUCUAAACCCGCACCUGAGGUCUCUAAACCCGCACCUGAGGUCUCUAAACCUCCACCUGAGGUCUCUAAACCUCCACCUGAGGUCUCUAAACCUGCACCUGAGGUCUCUAAACCCACACCUGAGGUCUCUAAACCCGCACCUGAGGUCUCUAAACCGGCACCUGAGGUCUCUAAACCGGCACCUGAGGUCUCUAAACCGGCACCUGAGGUCUCUAAACCUGCACCUAAACCUGCAUCUGAGGUCUCUAAACCUGCACCACCAGACCCGGUUCCCCAAACCCCGCCUCAGUCAGACAUUCAGAUUUCAUCGGUUUGGUCUCUGCAGUCACUCCCCAUCCAAACUCCUGAUGAACCCCCACCCAAACUGAGUCCCCCUCCUAAGUCUCAGAGUGAGGUGCAGGACCAGACCCCCGCCCCGACCUCUGAGCCUAACAUCUCCCCACAAUCCAAUCCUGCCAAAGUGGAACCGGCACCCCAGACCCGGUCUCCACCCAAACCGGCUCCUGAAAUCCUAAAAGAACCCCAACCCACCCAGGACCCCCAUCUUAAUCUGGAACCCCAACCAGACCACCACACUCAGCUCCAUCCAAAUCCCCAACCAGACUCGACCCCGGAACCUGCUCCCAAACCAGGCCCAAAAACCAGAGGCAAGAAAACCCCCGCUGCCCCCCGUCCUGUCCGGCAAACCAGAUCCCAGACCAGAUACCAGACCCGGCAGCAGAAGUCCGACCCGGAGCCGGCUUCGGGGGAUUCUGAUUCUGCCGCUUCGGACUCGAAGGGGCUGGACACCUCAGACCCGGGUCCAGACCCCAGCCCCGGUCUGGAGGGGGAAAAGGGGCCCAGUGAGGGCGAGGACCUCCCCACGAUGGAGAUCACCCCCGAGACGCUGGGCCUCCCCUCAGACCUGACCUCCUUGGACUUUGACUAUGACUUUAACUUUGAAUAGGAGGUCUGCCAAACGGACCGGACCUGAAGGCAGCUGACGGACUUGUGUGGCCCUGGACUCCAGACCCCCUGUGGUCCUGGACUCCAGACUUCCUGUGGUCUUGGACUCCAGACUUCCUGUGGUCCUGGACUCCAGACUUCCUGUGGUCCUGGACUCUAGAGGUCCUUCUUGUUCAGUUUCAAUAAAACUAAGUCCAGGAAUAUUUGUUUAAACGCUGGACUUCCUGAGUUCAUGGUGCCGCCGCCCAGAGGACCAGGAAGAGUCAGUGAUGCAUUGUGGGUAACAGUAAUGAGGACAGAGCAAAAAAGAAAAACUAAAAUAUGUUAAAUAUCACAAGUUUUAAAAACACCGGAUAUUCUUUUAUUUUCUUCUAGAAACUUCGGCUUUUCUCCAAACUUUACUCCCAGUUUCAUCUCCGAGCUGCUGCUCUCUGACGUGCACUCACCUGUCUGACGUGCACUCACCUGUUAUGUUUUAAACUCAACGUUACGUUGUUCUCCGGAGAAAUAAAUCCUAAAGUUUGGACCAAAAGAGCUCCUUUUGUCGGAGGAAAGUCUGUUAGUAAAUACUUCCUGUAGAGUUUUAAUAAAAGUUAGUGAGAAAUAAA